CAGCCGGUGGCACCUCUCGUGGCACCAGCAGUGGGGUCUUGGUCGUGGUGGUGAUGCGGUGGCGCCCGGGGCCCCUCGCAGGAAGUGCCAAUACCAGUGACUCUCAGAUACAACGCCGACAUCAUUCGUGUGAAGAAAAAAAUUGUGUUAUAGUGGUGAUAGAUGACUCCGUCUAGGGAUCGAAAUUAAUUGAAAAAAUAUUGAAAGUUUUCGAGAAGUUUAGAAAAAACACUUUUGAAUCCAUUGAAAGUUAUUAAAAAUAUAUACCUCUCUGGUGUUUGGAAAUAAGAAAUACUUCAUGAUGUGUGUGUGUUGGGUUCAGUGGGCGGGGGUAGUGGCAUGGGCGGCGGUGGUGCUAGCGAGCGUGGGCGUCGAUGGGUUUAUCAGGUCAUCUCAUGUGGUGUCAACCCGUUACGGUGCCUUGAGAGGUCUCAUAGUGACCCCGAACCACAGAGCCCUGAAACCCGUGGCUGUGUUCCUCGGGGUUCCCUACGCUGCCCCUCCCGUUGGGGACCUGAGAUUCAUGCCCCCUAUGUCCCCGCUCCACUGGUCCGGAGUGAGGAAAGCCGAUACAUUGCCUCCAGUAUGCCCUCAGAAAUUGCCCGAUGUCACCAAUCGUCGAGAGGCGCUGAAGCGUAUGCCCGAAGGCAGGUUUAAGUACCUCCAGCGCCUCCUGCCGCUGCUGUCCAACCAGAGCGAGGACUGUCUCUACCUCAACAUCUACACACCAGUCAAAGAUGAACUACGGCCGGGGUCACCGACGAGUACCGAGCGACUACCAGUGCUGGCGUACAUCCACGGGGAGUCGUACGAGUGGAACAGCGGCAACCCGUACGACGGAUCCGUGCUGGCCGCCUACGGUCGUGUGGUGGUAGUCACAGUCAACUUCCGCCUCGGUGUUCUAGGUUUCCUGCGGCCAGCGCUGAGAGAGCGGCACGUUAGCAACUUCGGACUGCUGGACCAGAUUGCGGGUCUUCACUGGGUGAAGGAAAAUAUCGCUAACUUCGGCGGCGACCCCGACAGUGUUACCAUCUUCGGUCAUGGUACAGGAGCAGCUCUUGCUAACUUCUUGCUCAUGUCACCUGUGGCUCAGGGAUCACAAGGUCUCUUCCACCGGGCUAUAUUGAUGAGUGGCUCUGCUCUCAGCCGCUGGGCCGUCACCUGGGACCCGUAUAAGUACACCAUCCAGGUGGCCCAGGCGCUGGGUUGUCCCCGCAGCGACGACAAGGAUGCUCUCAAGAAGUGUCUGCAGAUGAAGUCUGUAGAGGAGCUGUUGUCUGUGAACCUACUGACUCCUUCCUUCACCACACCCCUCGGGCCCAUCAUUGAUGGUGUCAUUGUCAAGAGUGAACCACUCGAGUCAAUGAAGAGAGAAACGUCGGUGUUCGGGAAGUACGACCUGCUGUAUGGAGUGGCGCUGGCUGAGUGUUACCACAUGCUCAACUCUGCUGAGGUUCGUAAUGGUAUGACUAUCGAGAGACGCAACAGAUUCGUCAGGGCUUAUAUCACCAACAACUUCGACCACCACGCGUCGCAGAUCUACCAUGCUGUGAUCAACGAGUACACGCAGUGGAACCACACUCCUCAGGACGACGAGAAGGAGGUGAGAGACCAGACGCUGCAGAUUCUUAGUGAUGCUCAGAUCACAGCCCCAGUACUCCAUAUGGCUGAUCUACACUCCAACAUUAACCAGAAGAGCUAUUUCUACGUCUUCAAUCACCAGAGCAUUUAUGGAGAUUAUCCAGUGUCACAAGGGACGGUACACGGGGAGGAACUGGCCUAUGUGUUCGGCGCUCCUCUUGUCGGAGGUUUCCCAAUCACUUCGGUCUCAACAAACACUGGAAGAGGUCUUCCUAUCAGAAAUCGUCAUGACUCAGUGGACCCAACUUCCCCAAGGACGGGUAAGGGGGGACUGACGUGUACCCAUCAAACUUCGUUGCUUAGUGGUAUAGCAGUUGCCAACAAUGAUAAGACCCGGUUUGAUUCCCAGGUUGGUUGCCGUUUGACUAUGACUAAACUGGUGCCUGAGUGUUAUUCAACUUUUGUAGAUAGCAUCGGAUCGGAUGGUCUUACAGAGGUUUAG